AUGACGACCAAGAUUCGGCUCACGGCUGAUGCCUACACCGUCGGGUUCAUCUACGUCAAGCCGCUCAAAAUGCACGCGAUAACCGCCAUGCUAGAUGAGCACCAUGAAGCGGUUCCAAUGCGCUUUGGGGACGACAAUGAAUACACGCUGGGGAAGAUUGGCUACCACAAUGUUGCAAUCGUGGGACCGCCCAGAGGAGCAAAGGGGAAGGUGGCCAUCGCAAAUAUUGUUAGCAGAAUAUGCCUGGCGUUCAAGAACAUACGAGUUGGCUUGCUGGGAGGGAUUGGAAGAGGCGUCUCACGCCUUCCUGGCCACGACGUACGGCUCGGGGAUGUUGUGGUUGGGGCACCGGAAAGCGGGCCAGCCGUGGUGCAGUACGAUCUGGGAAACCAGCUCCCCGAGGGGACUGAGAUCGCCCGGACGCUCAACAAGCCCCCCGAUUUGCUGUUGAAGGUUGUUGACAAAGUACAAGACCGAUACCAAAGAGCUUCAGAAGGGACCGAGGACUUCUUUGCUAAUCACCUGCGACGCUUUGCCGAAUUCCCAAGAAUCAGGGACCUUUACACGCGCCCUUCCACCCCGGACCGACUCUUUCGAGCCGAAUACUAUCAUCCAAAAGAGACUGUCUGCAGCUCGCAUGAUCAUCUUCAAGAAGUGGAACGGCCAGAUCGCGACCGUCCUCACGAGGUUCGAAUUCAUUAUAGCACCAUCCUGUCCGGAGAUCUUGUCAUGAUGUCUGGGUUGAUGAGGGAUAAAAUCAGCGCCAAACACUACAAUUCCGUUUGCUUUGAGAUGGAGGCGGCUGGUCUCAUUGACGUCUUCCCCUGUCUCGUCAUUCGAGGAAUUUCUGACUACUCCGAUUCGCAUAAAAGCAAAGAGUGGCAGGGAUAUGCGGCAGCCGUGGCCGCCGCGUAUGCUCGGGAAAUACUUCUCACCAUGGCGGAGAGAGUCUUGUAUGAGCUGGAAGAUCCCGAAGUCGUUGGUGGUCCGGGAGCCCCACGAGAAGCAGGCCAGGCCUCAUCGAGACAGGGAGAGGACAUUGCCCGGGAUUCAGAUUACGGACCACGAGGUUCGAGUUCUGCGAAAAAGUCUAUACUUUCCUUGGAUUUCCGAACUGUCAUUCACGCCGAGGAGCGGUCUCCUUCGAAAUUCGUCUCGACUUCCAAGUAUUCGGGCACGAACCUUGCCGAAGCAGUGUGUCAGGCACUGGAAAAUACCGAUCGUCCGGUCGGUGGCGGCAAGGACGCUGUAUUCGUGGAUCUCACUGGCCCUCGGACCGUGGUUCUAGCCAUGACAAAGGCCAACAUCGGCGCCGGACCCACGCUCUUCAAAACCUACGAAGCCGAGCCAGCAUGGAAGGACUGCAAGAUAUGGAAAGUAGCCAGAGCUACGUCAGCCACCCAGACUUUCUUUCCACCGGUCACAUGCGGCCGGGACCAGAUCGAGUUCAUCGAUGCUGGGUUUCGGUACAACAACCCCUGUGAGGAGGUCAUCGCCGAAGCAGACAAAUCAAUACCGGAUCGAGAGGCGGCGUGCGUUGUGAGCAUUGGCACAGGUUUAGGGCGGGCUAUAGGCAUCGCGGCAAAACCCCAAACUCUUGUCGGUGCCUUUGAGAGCAUGGCAAGGAGCUCAAAUCUGGUCCACGCCCGCCUUCAAGAGAAGUAUGGAGGUCAAGCUUCGCAAAAGUAUUGGAGCUUUGACGAAGACGUGGCGAUUGGCGAUAUCGCCGUGGAUGACUGGAAGCAAAUGCGACUUGCGGCCGGACACACCCACAACUACCUGAACAUGUCCGCUACAAAAAUGGCUAUGACCGACUGUGUAAAGGCUAUUCUUUCCGCGCGUGGAGGCGCCGAAACAUGCGCUGGACCAGUCCAAAGCCACUCGAGCCCCCACUCGGUCAGCCGUGAACAGAAAUUGAACGAGGAUGAAGAGAAACUGAACGAAGACGAGGAGGAACUGAGCGAAGAUGAGGAGGAACUGCACGGAGAUGAAGAGGAACAACGGCUUGAUAUCCCCAGGAUGCUCUCAUAUCCAGAGAUGCAAGCAGGCGAGAACAGAGUCGAAAUCGCGUACAAAGCUACCUACGACUGGGUUCAGUCGUCGAAAGAGUAUCGAGAAUGGAAGUCCUGUGGCAACGGAAAACUCUUGAUAAAGGGUAAGGCAGGUUGCGGAAAAUCCACUUUGAUGAAACAGCUCAUUCAAAGGGAGGAAUCCAGAAAGAAUACAGACCCACACCAUGUCGUGUGUGGCUUCUUCUUCAACGCCAGAGGCGCCGCCAUGGAGAAAUCCGUAGAAGCCAUGCUUCGCACCCUCCUUCAUCAGCUACUCCGGCAAGACCCCAUCCUCUACCGGCGCCUCAAACCGUUCUACUUCGACAUGAAAGUGAUGAUAAAUACUCGGGUUCGGGUGGUGGAGUGGACGAGGGAGACGUUGAUGCAGAUGUUUGAAGUCACCGUGCGAUCGCCGGGACUGACUGGGCUUAUCUACAUCGACGCUCUUGACGAGGGCGAGGGCUUCCUUCCAUCGUCAAUGUUUGAAUUCUUGGAGUCACAACUGUUGGGAUCCCAAGACGGAAGCCUGAGGAUCUGUCUGUCAAGCAGGCCCAACAAUUUCAUCAACCACAGAGCCAAAUGGACGACAAUCGACCUGGGAAAGUGCAAUUUUGCGGACAUCAGGGCCUACGUUUCGACCGAGCUUAGCAAGACUGCGGAGAGCUGUCCGGGCAUGGGUUACGAGCUCAUGGUGCCGAGUAUAGCGGAAGACAUAUUGUUCAAGGCGCAGGGCGUCUUCCUGUGGGUCAAGCUGGUCGUCAAGGAGCUGUUGGCCGCAAUGAACGACUAUGAACCAGCAGGCACCAUUUUCGAUAUACUCUCCGCCACGCCCGCCGACCUCUGGGAGCUAUUCCUCAGUUGUCUGCAGAAAGUCAAGGAGGAUGAUCGCCCAGAGGCCAUGCGCAUGCUACAGAUCGUUUUGGUUGCGGCAAGGCCUCUUUCGAUCGAGGAGCUGAUGGAGAUUAUGGGAGUUGCAUCUGUCGUAACCCCCUUGGGUUCAAAACCUGGUGCCCAGGGCUUGGUCAGAACCCGUGAACAGAUGAAGAUUCGGGUUCUGAAUCUGUGCCGCGGACUUGUUGAGGUCGCUGAGACUGAUCGGGAGUUCAGAAUUGGGAUUCAUCUCACCACUGAAGUGCAGUUUAUGCACCAGUCCGUCAAAGAUUUCCUUCGAGGCAACAAACUUCCCGCGGAGCUCAAGGAGCUUAAAUCGCCCAGCCUCGAGGCGAGCGUCAGGAUGUGGACCGAGGCUCUAGGACCCCCAGGCGUUCGAGGCAUGGCACUGGUACCCUUCCCGGAAGAAGCAGGCCAUUACCGCGGCUUAUACACCCGCGUAUACGAGAAUAUAUCGAUAUGGUCGGCACCCAGCGCACAUUCUAGCUUGAUGGCCUUUGCUGCCUAUCAAGGUUUUGUGUCUCUAUUCAAGGCCCUGCUUUUCGAUCCGGAUCUCCUUCCAGGAGACGGACAGAUUGGGAGUGCCCUGGCUGAGGCAGUCGUGCAAGGAGAUCCCGGAACGGUCGAGUUUCUCAUCGAUCAAGGUGCCGUUAUCGACAUGCCCCUCGAAGAAAGAAGCAUUUAUGGAGGGUUUGGGUCUGCCCUCAUUGUCGCGGCGUACGAGAGAUCUGUGGAAAUGGUCGAGUUGCUUCUGGCCCGCGGAGCGGAUCUGAACCUACAGCCUGGAGGCGAAUAUGGAUAUGCCCUCAUUGCCGCGGCACGCUGUGGAUCUGUGGAGGUGGUUGAGUUGCUUGUGGCCCGCGGAGCCGAUAUGAACCUACGGGCCGGAAGAUACAAUGAGUCUACCCUCUUUGCCGCGGCAUGCAGUGGAUGCUUUGAGGUGGUCGAGUUGCUUGUGGCCCGCGGAGCCGAUGUGAACCUGCCGGCUGAAAACGAAGCUGGGUCUGCCCUCAAUGCCGCCGCGCAGUAUGGAUCUGUGGAAAUGGUCGAGCUGCUUGUGGCGUGCGGAGCCGAUGUGAACCUACAAGCCGGGAGCAGAUAUGGGUCUGCCUUAUCAGCAGCCAUGCGGGGAUUUCCUGACGGAGUGGACCGCGUGUUACGCAUCAUGAAACAUCUAAUCGACAACGGCGCCAUCGUGGACAUGUUAGAGAUGGUGGUGCUGUUGGUCGAGAACGGCGCUGACGUCAACCUGGAGCUGAAAACGGGGAGAUACGGCACCGCCCUCAUCGCCGCGGUUACGGAUAAAAGCCUUGCGCUUUGUCAGAGCAGCAGUAUUGAGGCUUUUGAGCCCGAUGAGGACUGGAACCUAUCGGGUAUCCUCGGUAUCUCCUUCACCGGUCCGUACCCGAUCUCCUGUAUACACAGAUCCCAAUCUCAGUAUUUAUAUUUCGAAAACCGACUCCAACGACCCGAUCUGGACGACGGUCGAGGUGGCAAGAAGACGGCGGCGAGCGUUGUCCUCACCGCCUGCCGCAAGAUACAGCAGAGACUUAGCUCGAGGAGGGGCAACAGGGGCCGACCACGAACCUUAGGACCUCAAGGGCCUACGGCGGUGGAGAGAGCCGCGGACACGGUCAUGCGCUGGACGGGGGGAACCGUUGAUACGAACAGGGUAGUAGAAGAAGCUUGGAAAGCGAGGUGGUUAAAGGAACAGGACGGCAGGGCAAUCACCAGGCCGGCGGACGACUUUGACCAUCAGCAGGAGACGCUAUUCCGGAACGAAACCCUAAGGAGGCACGACGGUCUCAGCAAGGCAAAGAGCUCACUGCUGAUUCAAAUCCAGACGGGAGCAAUAGGCUUACGGGGCUUCUUGUUUACACGGGGAGUCCCGGAGGUUCUGACUCCUGCCUGCGAGUGUGGCGAGGGACGAGAGACUGCCGAACACCUGGUAGUGUGGUGUUUGGCCCCACCGUUGACUCGAAGAUGGGAGAGAACUGGAAUUCGGACACGACGGGACUUUUACUCUGUUCUACACGGCAUCAAUCCCACGACUGCACGGCUCGCGAGGAGAGUCCUCGACUGGCUGAUGGGCUCGGGGAAGGUGCCGAUGUACAACUUAGCCAGGAGGCUCGAGCUGGAAGCGGCGGCCUGA